AGGUGAUCAUUUUGUAGGUUUGGAAUCUCAGAGGACUGUCUAUUCUUUUGUUCAGCUAGUGUGGGGGUACCAUGUUUUAUUAGUCAAAUACCAUGAGCAGCCACAGUUUGAUUACAGUUAAACAAAAUAAUUCUCCCGAAGGAACAAAGCAUCUCUGUCAUUCUUCACCUUUAUCAGUUCAGUUUAACAAUGAACAAGACUGCCAAAAAUUAUCAAGAUCCUCCUAUGUCGAGACAGUGUUGCACAAUUCAUCCAGCUUCAGUAAGGACCUUCCUUUGCAUACCAAGAAAUCAAGCUCAGGGCCUGAACCAGGAAGUUCUUGUUCUUAUGUAUCUCAUCCUCAAUAUCCAGAGCACAUGUUUUCUCGUUCUUCUACAUUUUGUACCAGCCUUUACUCUUCAUCUUCUACUAGUUCAGAGUCAUGUCAAAAACUUCAGAACUUACCCUUCCUUCCUCAUCCUCCAAAAUGUAAGCACCAGAAUUCAGCUGUUCAAUCUUCUAACUCUCCGCUGCAGUUUAGUGGAGAUAUAAGUGCAACAAGUGGUGAGGAUGAACACACAGAUGACUUGAUGAAGGAUUUCCUUAAUCUCUCUGGAGAAGUUUCAGAUGGUAGCAUCCAUGGAGAGAAUUGUGGGAGUAGUGGCUUAGCACUUAACGAGCAAAUAGAAUUGCAAAUUUUGUCUGAACAACUUGGCAUAGCUAUCACUGACAAUGGGGAAAGCCCUCAUUUGGAUGACAUAUAUGAGACACCACAAGUCUCAUCUCUUCCAUUGUCUGCCAACCACAACCAGACAGAUCAGCCUUCAAAACCUCACACUAAAGUCCAAUUGCAUACACCCCCCUCCAUAAACCCAGCUUCAGCUGCAAAUAAAACAAGAUUAAGAUGGACCUUGGAGCUUCAUGAGCGAUUUGUCGAAGCUGUGAACAAGCUUGAUGGUGCUGAGAAGGCAACUCCAAAGGGUGUGCUAAAGCUUAUGAAUGUUGAAGGUUUGACUAUCUACCAUGUAAAGAGUCAUUUGCAGAAAUAUCGACUUGCAAAGUACCUACCAGAGGCGAAAGAAGACAAAAAGGCUUCGAGUCGUGAAGAUAAGAAAUCAUCAUCAUUGGUUAGUAAUGACGGUGAUUUGGCCAAGAAGAGGAGCAUUCAAGUCACUGAGGCUCUACGCAUGCAAAUAGAGGUUCAGAAACAGCUGCAUGAACAACUUGAGGUCCAAAGAGCACUGCAAUUGCGCAUAGAGGAAAAUGCAAGGUACUUGCAGAAGAUUCUUGAAGAGCAGCAAAAGGCAAACAAUUCUUCUUCCUCCACGCAAAGGUUUAGCUCAGAGCCCCCACUGGAAUUGCGUAGUCCCUUCACAGAGAAAGCUGAUGCAAGAGUGGACUCCUCUCCACUUAACUCUGUGAAGCAAAGAGGGAAUGAGUCAAAUGACCGGGAGAGUGAUUCUGAAUCUGUUGAAGAUAGUAAAAGGAUGAGGCUGGAUGUUGAGCAUGUAAGACCUUCCUAAUGAGAGUCUAGCCGAGGGUACCAUCUUCAGAUAGCUUCUGUUGUCUAUAAGAAUCUUCAUGUCAUUUUCUUUCUAUUAAUUUCCCAGUUAUUGCAGGGGGUUGGAGUGGAUCAGAUUUCGAGUUGAUGUACAGUAUUGUGAAAAAUGAAAUUAAACUGAUGGACCUGGAUUUGCUAAA